ACUUUGCGCGCUGUGCAUGAACUGUAGUCCCAUUAUGAGUUCAGAUGACAAAAAAGAAACGGAAACAUCCAACGAAUGUGAUGAGGGCUUUCUACCUGAUGCGAAUCCUACUUUGGAAUCUCCGCGAUUCUCUAUAGCCAUGAAAAUGAAUCGUCAUGAUAAGGAUAAAGACACAUUGCUACCUCCUUCACCUCCAAAGUUUGUGUCAAUGAAUCAGCUUGCGGAAGCAGCUAAAGCAUUCUAUAAUAUGUCUUUAGCACAUGAAAUAACUGUGGAUUCUGAGUUUAGACUGGAAAAAUAUGAACCACAAGAAAAAAGGUAUGUGUUAUGAUUGAUUAUUGAGAGUUGUUUCAUUUCAAAGAUAAUCUUCUCGAAAGUUGGUAAUUAAGCAACUAUUGAUGAUCAAUGGUUAAUAAAGAGUUGUUGCUGUCUUUUUUUAGACUCAAGUAGUACGUACACUUUAAUCUUCUCAAGAUUAAGCUUAAAAUAUAGAGGGAAUGCUUCAGAUAGACCAACUCUUGUAUAAUUAAAUUCUUGUUCAAUAGUUAGAAGCUUCAGUAUAUAGCAACUCUUAUUAUUUUACGACUCGCUUCUCAGUAUUUUUUGUUGUUGCAAAAGUGUUGUAUGGUACCCAACUAUAGAAUGAGGAGAAACAGUGUGCGAUCUCAAAUGAUCUUUAGCAUAUAAACAGUAUAUUUAAGUUUGAUUUUUUCAUUCGACUCUUUGUUCAAGAACUUUAUCAAGCCUAAUCCAAAUUCCACAUAACAGAAGAAUUUUUAAACUACCUAGAUCCUGUUUCAACCAUCUGACCACAUUAAUCCAUUGUACUAUAGAGCACAUCAAUGUAUUGUGAGUUUUUGAAUCUUCUGUUUUUGUGACCAAUGUAAUAUAUGGUUAAUUCACUUCAGGCUCAUCUAUUUAACUGUUAAUCAAACUUUACAAAUACUAGUACUAGUGACCGACUGACCAAACCAGAUCAGUCGAAGCGAUCCUCAAACCAAUGAUCCAAUUAUUGUAUGUUAAAUAUUUUCAAUACCUGCCCAUUACUUUACUUGGUUAAUUUAAUGUUUUAACUUCUGGACACAACAAAAAUAGUGCACCACUUCAACCUGGUCUAUUGAUUUAAAAUGUAACAGUAGAGUAAUCUAAAAGAGAAUAACAAAGAAAUUAGAAACUCAGUUCAUCUAGAAUGAAUACGUAAAAAAACGUGUUCAAGUUCUAGACAUUUUUCUCUGUAUAGUUGAAGACAGAGUUGUUUAAAAAAAGUAUUCACCAGAAACUAGUCGUUUAUAGGCCUACGUAAUAAAUCGAACUUGUGCAGCUCUAGUCUCAGUAGUUUAACGUUUAAUUUCAGAGGUUUGAGGUUUAUUGUCACAACAACAUUCUUACUUAUCAUGCUGAUAUUUUUAACAUACAAGUACAUUUCAUAAAUAUUCCGAAAAUGUUUCUUAUUCUAAGUUCACGAUUAAUUAGUGUUAUGUUAUGCUUUCAACAUUCUAUAAUAUUACUAUACUUGUUUUUAUCAGUUUUUACAAAUGUGCUUUUUGUUGUUGUUGUCAAGUUUGGAAUAUUGUAUUAAAGAAACAAUGCAUAGAGCAUUUUGGGAUAUUUUACGAUCUAGUUUAGAUUGUGAUCCUCCAGACUAUGAACCAGCUUUACGCUUACUGGAAGAAGUUAAACAGUCAUUACAAAGUUUAGUUUUGCCUAAUCAAACAACAUUGAAAACACUUAUUGAAAAUCUUUUGGAUAUGGAUAUAGCUAAAUCUCAAUUAGAAGAAACUGGUUAUUUAAGUUUAGAAAUUUAUAAAAAUGAAGUAAUUAAUUUAAUGAAACAAUUCUGUGCUCCAAUACGUGAUCAAGAAGUUGAAGAUUUAAGAAAAAUCGAUGAUCCAAUUGAUGCAUUCAAAAAUGUCUUUAUUCUACUGGAUAAAAUGCAUAUGGAUUUGGCUAAUUUUACAAUUAAACAAAUGAGACCAUAUAUUCGUCAACAGGCUGUUACUUAUGAACGAACAAAAUUUGCUACAUUUUUAGAAGCUCAACAAAAACUUGGUAUUGAUGGCUUAGCUCAUACACGUGAUUGGAUUAAACAAGCACAUGAUAAUCUUCUUCAUGUAUCACAUCAACCAAUUAAUCAUGAGUGCCCCAAUGCAUCCAGUAAUAUCAGCACUAAUAAUAAGAACACUCCAGUGGAUCUUAAAAACACUUCAGAUAGUUGUUCUACCACAAUUAAUGAUACUAUCCCAUUGACACCGAAUAAUAUACUACGUGAAGCCUACUUGAAGUUAUUGACAUGGCCACGUGAUCGUGAUUGGCCUGAGACAAUGCUCAUGGAUCAAUAUCGUCUUAUAGAUUUAGGCAAUCAAUUAACUAUUAUUGUCAAUUUAACAUCUCUUGUUCUGGUUGUAUGUAAUUAUAUAGCAUCGAAUGUAUCAACAUUCACUACAACUGGAUUAUCUUCAUUAACUGCAACAAAACCUAUUUUAUCAAUUCCACUUGAAACUAGUUUACCACAUGAUGCAAUGAUACAAUUGAAAAAAUCUAUUUGUCAAGAUGUUGCACCAAUAUUACAUGGAAUCUCUUUAAAUUAUAAACCUGAUCAAUUAGUUGAUGAUAUAAUUGAACAAGUUAUAUUGACCAUUGAAUUAUGGUAUAAUCGAUGCAUACAAUCUUGUAAUUUAGUUACAUCAUCAUCAUCAUCCUCGUCAUCAUCAUCUAACUUAUCAACAUUAACUGAGCAUAAAUCAUUAUGUACAACUGCUUCUAUGACAGAUUAUGGACGUAAUGAAUUAAGCUUACAAUUGACUUCAGUUAUUAUCAGUGAACAUCCUGUUUAUAAACUUAUGUAUAAACGAGCUAUGGAUUUUCUUCGCUCUGCAUUAUCAUCCUACCCUCCUGAACCAUUACCUUUACCUCCAGGUUUUAGUGUUCUACUUGAUCUUGAUCAAGAUAAACUCAGUUCUUCCACCAACGAAAAUGGGACUACUGUUAAUUCUGUUGGUUAUUUACAAAAACCUCCAUUAAACAUCCCGACAACAAUGAUGUCAGGUGGUAGUAGUACCACUACUGGAUUACUUUUUCGUUCUUCCCCUUCUAGUCCACAUAAAGAAUCAAUGAAUAGUUUUAAAACUUCUAAAUUUGAAAUAUUAAGCUUAUCCGAUUUAGCAAGUCGUCUUCUACCAUUAUUAGCUCAUAAUCGUCAUGUAUUUGGUUCAUAUUAUGCUGAAAUUAUUCAACCAUUACUUAUGCCGGAAAUUCAAAAACUUUCUAAUACUAAUAACAAAAAAUGAUUUCAUAUAUCAUCUCCUUAUAUACAUAUAUAUAUAUAUAGUCAUUUUUUUCGAAUGUAGACAACAACAAGGACUAUCCAUUGUACAUUUAUAAAAACAAACCACUAUUCGUAUUAUUAUUAGCAACCGCAGCAGUAACAUUAGUAAUAGUUCGUUGGGGGUUGGGGGUCUUUUUUCUUACACUAACAAUCAAUUUUUCUAUUCAUUGUCCAAUUGUUUCUUUCAUCUCAUAACUGUUCCCCUUUUUUUUGUCUAUAGGAGAAUAAUAAAUAGUAUAUUGAUUACAAUAUCAUUACUUAUAUGUUCUUCACUACUUUAGUGUUGUCGUUUUUUUUUUCUUUCUUUUUUUUUACUGUAUCUGUAUAUGUAGACGUGAUAUCUAUUUUUUUUUUCAAAAUGUAAAAGCAGACAUACAUAAAAGUUGUUAUCCAUAUGAACUUUACUUCACUUUUGUUGUUGUUGUUGUUUAUUUCCACUGAUAGAUGAUUACGUAAGUAGUAAGUAUUCUAGUUGAAUUAGUUACUUAUUUCAAAUGUUAGUUUAUUGCAUUUUAUGUAUCUUUUCUUUUCUUAUCUUCUCUUUCUCUUCUUUUCUUUUUUUCUCAACUUUAGUUUUUUUUUCUUUUUGAUAUUCAUGUUGUUGUUUCGUUUGUUUGUAUAUAAUUCUCUAAUAUUUCAUUUCAAUGAAAUGAAUAUCCAUCAAAAAUGAUAUUACUAUGAUGUAAUAAUACAAAUAGAUGGUUUAAAGGAAAAAAUACCUUAGUGAUUGUUUCCUUUUUAUUUUUAUUUUUCUGAAUAACAUCAAUGUCACUUGUUUCUUUUAUAUUGGUUACCUAUUAAAAAAUCGAUAUUUUGUUCCUUUUUUUUUCUUUUGAUUGGUUGUUAACUUUUAAAGAAUUACCUUUCAUUGUAUGUUUUAUUCAAGUCCAUUUGUUGCAUGUAUAUUUAGGUUUAUUGACUGAUCCUAUCAUAUCUACACCGAAAUGUAAAUAAAUAAUAAAAGUUCGAUUAAAGGUAC